CCCGGGCCGAGGUGGCAGGAAGUAGUUGCUGUUGAUCUCCACUGCUCGGUCGCCGUUGAGCCCCGGAGGGCCGAGAUCCCUCCACAAUGCUGAAGAAAUUUGAUAAGAAGGACGAGGAGUCCGGUGGAGGCUGUAAUCCAUUCCAGCACCUCGAGAAGAGUGCAGUGCUACAGGAGGCCCGGGUGUUUAACGAGACUCCCAUUAAUCCCCGGAAAUGUGCCCACAUCCUUACCAAGAUCCUGUACCUCAUAAACCAGGGGGAGCACCUAGGAACCACAGAAGCGACGGAGUCCUUCUUCGCCAUGACCAAACUCUUUCAGUCCAAUGAUCCCACUCUUCGCCGGAUGUGUUACUUGACCAUCAAAGAGAUGUCCUGCAUUGCUGAGGAUGUCAUCAUCGUCACCAGCAGUUUAACCAAAGAUAUGACUGGGAAGGAUGACAACUACAGAGGCCCAGCUGUGCGGGCCCUUUGCCAGAUCACCGACAGCACCAUGCUACAAGCCAUUGAGCGUUACAUGAAGCAGGCCAUUGUGGACAAGGUGCCCAGUGUCUCCAGCUCUGCGUUGGUGUCCUCUUUGCACCUGCUAAAGAGUAGCUUUGAUGUGGUAAAGCGUUGGGUGAAUGAAGCGCAGGAGGCAGCCUCCAGCGACAAUAUCAUGGUCCAGUACCAUGCCCUAGGCCUCCUCUACCACGUGCGCAAGAACGACCGCUUGGCCGUCAACAAGAUGAUCAGCAAGUUCACCCGGCAUGGCCUCAAGUCUCCCUUUGCUUACUGCAUGAUGAUCCGGGUGGCCAGCAAGCAGUUGGAGGAGGAAGACGGCAGCCGGGACAGCCCCCUGUUCGACUUCAUCGAGAGCUGCCUGCGCAACAAGCAUGAGAUGGUGGUGUACGAAGCCGCCUCGGCCAUUGUCAACCUGCCCGGCUGCAGUGCCAAAGAGCUGGCGCCUGCCGUGUCCGUGCUCCAACUCUUCUGCAGUUCCCCCAAGGCCGCUCUCCGCUACGCUGCUGUCCGCACCCUCAACAAGGUGGCCAUGAAGCAUCCAUCUGCCGUGACGGCCUGCAACCUGGACCUGGAGAACCUGGUGACGGACUCCAACCGCAGCAUCGCAACCCUGGCCAUCACUACUCUCCUCAAGACCGGCAGCGAGAGCAGCAUCGACCGCCUCAUGAAGCAGAUCUCCUCCUUCAUGUCCGAGAUCUCCGAUGAAUUCAAGGUGGUGGUGGUCCAGGCCAUCAGUGCCCUGUGUCAGAAGUAUCCUCGCAAACAUGCUGUCCUCAUGAACUUCCUGUUCACUAUGCUGCGGGAGGAGGGUGGCUUUGAGUACAAACGGGCCAUUGUGGACUGCAUCAUCAGCAUCAUUGAAGAGAACUCGGAGAGCAAGGAAACGGGACUUUCCCACCUCUGUGAGUUCAUCGAGGAUUGUGAAUUCACCGUGCUGGCCACUCGCAUCCUGCACCUGUUGGGCCAGGAGGGACCCAAGACCAACAAUCCUUCCAAGUACAUCCGCUUCAUCUAUAACCGGGUUGUCCUGGAGCACGAGGAGGUCCGUGCAGGUGCUGUAAGUGCUCUGGCCAAGUUUGGAGCCCAGAAUGAGGAAAUGUUGCCCAGCAUCUUGGUGUUGCUGAAGAGAUGUGUAAUGGACGAUGACAAUGAAGUGAGGGACCGAGCCACCUUCUACCUCAGCGUCCUGGAACAAAAGCAGAAGGCUCUCAAUGCAGGCUACAUCCUAAAUGGACUGACCGUGUCCAUCCCCGGCCUGGAGAGAGCAUUACAGCAGUACACGCUGGAGCCAUCAGAGAAACCCUUCGACCUGAAGUCCGUUCCUUUGGCUACUACGCCCAUUGCGGAGCAGAGGACAGAGAGCACACCCAUCACAGCGGUCAAGCAGCCUGAGAAAGUGGCAGCCACAAGGCAGGAGAUCUUUCAGGAGCAACUGGCAGCAGUGCCUGAGUUCCGGGGGCUGGGUCCACUCUUCAAGUCUUCAUCGGAGCCGGUGGCCCUGACCGAAUCAGAGACGGAGUAUGUGAUCCGCUGCACUAAGCACACUUUCACGGGCCACCUGGUCUUCCAGUUUGAUUGCACUAACACCCUCAAUGACCAAAUCCUGGAGAAUGUCACAGUGCAGAUGGAACCCACCGAGGCCUAUGAGGUCCUGUGUUACGUUCCUGCCAAGAGCCUGGCCUACAACCAGCCCGGGACCUGCUACACGUUAGUGGCGCUGCCCGAGGAGGACCCCACUGCUGUGGCCUGCACUUUCAGCUGCAUGAUGAAAUUCACUGUCAAGGACUGCGACCCCAACACCGGGGAGACAGACGACGAGGGCUAUGAGGACGAAUAUGUGCUGGAAGACCUUGAGGUGACAGUGGCAGAUCACAUCCAGAGGGUCUUGAAGCCAAACUUUGGAGCUGCUUGGGACGAGGUGGGCGAUGAGUUUGAAAAGGAGGAGACAUUCACCUUGUCGACCAUCAAAACGCUGGAAGAGGCUGUAGGUAACAUCGUGAAGUUCUUGGGGAUGCAGCCAUGCGAGAGAUCAGAUAAAGUGCCCGAGAACAAGAAUGCUCACACGCUGUUCCUGGCUGGAGUGUUCCGGGGCGGUCAUGACAUCCUUGUGCGCUCCCGACUGGUUCUGACCGACACGGUGACAAUGCAGGUGACUGCCAGGAGCAGUGAGGAGCUACCUGUUGACAUCAUCCUGGCUUCUGUGGGCUAAGGAGUCUUCCCAUCUGGCCCCCUCCCCUGUCCACUGACACUACAGCUGUGGUGGGGAGCUGAACAUGGAAAUUUCACUCCCUGAAUUAUGGACACCGACUGGGAAGUCAUCCCCGUCCUUGGCCACUUCUUUGCUGAAUUUAGAAACGUCUAGCUUAUUUUUGUUUUGUCUACUUUUUAAUUAGGAUUAUUGCUAAGGCCCAGAGAGAACUGGUUUGUCAGUUGACUGUUCAAACCUGCUGAGGUGGCCUUCAGAUGAAUAAAGUUACCGUACAUCCUGUCUGCGAAUCCUGUGAUUUCACAAAGCCAUUCCUUCCUCGCUAAGCAAUUGCUGAAGUUCACAUGGAGCCUCCAGCCACCCCUGCUUGCCUUCACGUAAUUAGGACUGAACUUUCAAAGUGUACAGACAAGUCCGAAGGAAGAAGCUGAAGGGCCCCGGCCUUGCUACCCAUAUUUAGUUACCCUAGGAAUGCUCCCCUGUGUUGGGGGGAAUAUGUCUACCAACUCUUGUCAUAUUGUACUCUCCUAAGCGCUUCGUACAGCGCUCGGCACACGGUAAGGGCUCAAUAAAUAAAAUGGAUUGAUUUGGGGAGGGAGGGCAGGGAAAACCGACAGCAGCCCCACCUGUUUCCCCAGCUACUCACUUCGAGUCCUAUGCGUAAUUAUUCCCUGUGCUUUAUUCAUUAUCAUUAACGUUUAAUGUUUAGGUGCUUUCAUCCCCUUGAGGCUCAGUGUUUUGGUUUUGGUUUUUUUCAUUGGAUCCAAGAUCACCGAUUGCUGGGUGAGGUACAGUUGGAUUAGAAAGUGCCAUUUGCUUUCCCUUCCCCAGCUGCUGUGUGGGCCAUGGAAGAGACAGCACUGUUAACUGGCAUGGAAGUGGGUGGGUUAUAGCCAGUGCCGCUUUAUAACUUUGACGGAGAUUGGGGAAAAGUAGGUGAGGCCUUUUCUUCGGAGAGGUGCUUGUCAAUACAUUCUGCCUGUGAUUUUUUCUACGCAGAGUGAAUCAAAAUGCUGCAAUAUUAAAAAUAUGUCUGCUAAUGAUU